CAGCGCGCCGUGCGGACAUGGCGCGAACACUGCGCCCGCCGACCCGCACGGUGGGGCGGCUUCGUCGGGUCCUCGUGUAGGAUGUCAUUGAAGACGCCGACGCCGGCCGCCGGCGAGCGCGAGACCUGGGGCAAGAAAGUCGACUUCCUGCUCUCCGUCAUCGGCUUCGCCGUCGACUUGGCUAACGUGUGGCGCUUCCCCUACCUCUGCUACAAGAAUGGAGGGGGAGCGUUCCUGGUGCCGUACUGCAUCAUGCUGGUGGUGGGCGGCAUCCCGCUGUUCUACAUGGAACUGGCACUGGGACAGUUCCACCGGAAGGGCGCCAUCACCUGCUGGGGCCGCCUGGUGCCGCUUUUCAAAGGCAUCGGCUACGCGGUGGUGCUGAUAGCGUUCUACGUGGACUUCUACUACAACGUGAUCAUCGCGUGGGCGCUGCGGUUCUUCUUCGCGUCCUUCACCACCAUGCUGCCCUGGACCAACUGCGAUAACGAGUGGAACACGCCGGCUUGUAAACCGUUCUCGGCGUUCCUCCAUCAGACGAACACCAACCAAUCCCGCACACACAACUCCACAAUGGCGGCUGCAGCGACAACCCCUUUCACUUCCGCCGCUUCCGAGUACUUCAACCGGGCCAUACUUGAGCUUCAAGGCAGCGAAGGCCUACACGACCUGGGCGCGAUCAAGUGGGACAUGGCUCUGUGCUUGCUGGCGGUCUAUAUCAUCUGCUACUUCUCGCUCUGGAAGGGCAUCAGCACUUCUGGAAAGGUGGUUUGGUUUACGGCUCUCUUUCCAUACGCGGUAUUGCUUAUUCUUCUGGUACGCGGCAUCACUCUUCCCGGCUCGGCGGACGGCAUCCGGUAUUACCUCAGUCCCAACUUCGAGGCUAUCACACAACCUCAGGUAUGGGUGGACGCGGCAACUCAAGUAUUCUUCUCUCUUGGACCUGGUUUCGGUGUGCUCUUGGCAUAUGCUUCAUACAAUAAGUACCAUAACAACGUGUACAAAGACGCCCUCCUAACAAGCGUGAUCAACUCCGCUACAUCUUUCGUCGCUGGCUUCGUUAUCUUCAGCGUUCUGGGCUACAUGGCGAACGUGUCUGGUCGGCAUAUUGAGGACGUGGCGACAGAGGGUCCGGGGCUCGUGUUCGUGGUGUACCCGGCCGCUAUAGCGACUAUGCCGGGCUCGACGUUCUGGGCGCUGAUAUUCUUUAUGAUGCUGCUGACGCUUGGACUGGAUAGCUCUUUUGGCGGUUCGGAGGCCAUAAUAACAGCGCUAAGCGACGAGUUCCCACCGAUCGGGCGGCACCGCGAGAUCUUCGUGGCCUGUCUCUUCACGCUGUACUUCUUCGUGGGCCUGGCUUCCUGCACUAAGGGCGGCUUCUACUUCUUCCAACUUCUGGACCGGUAUGCGGCCGGCUACUCGAUUCUGGUGGCCGUGUUUUUUGAGGCGAUUGCUGUUUCUUGGAUUUAUGGCACUGAGCGUUUUUGCGAAGACAUCCGCGACAUGAUCGGCUUCCGACCGGGCCUCUACUGGCGCGUCUGCUGGCGAUUCGCGGCCCCAGCCUUCCUUCUCUUCAUCAUCGUAUACGGACUUCUGGACUACGAACCGCUGCAAUAUGAGGGCUAUGUGUACCCCGGCUGGGCUAAUGCGCUGGGAUGGGCUAUAGCUGGCUCGAGCGUUUUGUGCAUACCGACCGUGGCUAUUUUUAAAAUCCUUACCACUAAGGGCAGCUUCGUGGAGCGCAUACGCAUCCUGACCACGCCCUACGCGGACACCGAAGCGCGUCGCAGUGUGACCAACGGUAUGGUGGUUUCCGAGAGCGGCGGAGUGCGGCUCGCGUCCGCCGCGCCCUCGCCCAGCACCCCGCCGGCCACCACCCCCACAACACCAGGCCUGGCCGCAGGCCCCGCGCUCGUCUGAGCGCAGCUCUCCUUCGACGUCUACUAUGUGUAGCUUAGCCUCUUUUAGCAGUUGAGUUGAACCGUCUCGUCUCUAGGAUAUCGGGGUUGUGCAAGUUAUUCUGGUUACGGCAUUUGUGUCUUAACCUACGGCAGUUCAUCGGAUAGUUGCCAGAUAAAAAGGCUGUUGAUCUUAGAAAUUACUUAGGCACUACUCGUAAAUAUACGAGGCUAAAAUAUUGCUUAACGCUUGUAGAAGUUUGUAGGACUAUCUUGUUUAGGUUUUUUGUCGAAUUUAUAGGAGAGAGCAUGUGUGUUAUUGCAUUUUUCUUCCCAAAAAUGUAUUAUUAAUUGCAAUGUGUUUCGAUAAAUGCAAAUCUAGUGUUUUCGAUUGGUUUACGCUUUAUAUUUUUUGUACAAAAUACGUUAUGUUAAUCAUAUAAUAUAAGUAAUAUUUACUCAAGAAGAAAUAUUGUGCUGUGAUGGAUGAUAUAAUAGAAAAUACUGUGCAUAUUUGGGUGAGUUAUGUAGCUGAUAAGUAAAAUUUUAGACGCUUACUGCUGUGUUGUAUUUUGCUAGGUUAAGGGAAAAAGUAUCAACAGUAAAAAGAUUUGCUAUUUUAUAUUUUUUGAUUGCUCUUCAAGUAUUAAUAAAAAAAAAAAAUAUUUCCGUCAUUUUAAUCAUAUAUUUCAUUGACAUAUUUAGCAAGCUUUACCGAUUUAGAUUUUAGACUAAAAUAGCAUCCAGUAGAAAAUUAGUCGUAAACCAAAAAUUUGGUGUAGGUACGUUCAAAUAAGAAAAAAUAUAAUUUCUAGAUAAAUGUAAAUAAAACUAUCUUGAAUGAUAGAUAUUCACGUGUGAAGGUUUUAUGAAAUAAACCAAUCUAUUCACAUUAUUCAAUCAAUCAAUCAAACACUUGUGUACAUAAGAAGCUACAGGUAGGUAUAUUAAAGUCUACUUGCUCUAGAAUUGAUUUUGAUUAUGGCGUUUUAGCAUAUACUGUAGUUCAAAUGGCAUUAUAAUCUAUCUAGAUAUACCUCUCUAAAAUUGCACUAAAACACAAAAAAAAAACAUAAACAUAAACUAAUCCACAAAAAAAUACAAAUUUAACUAAGUGUUUACUUGUUACAUUUUAUUUUAGUGCGUGUUAAAAAAAAUAUUUAAACUGUUUAUUUUUCAUAAAGAACAAAAUUACAAUUUUCUUAGCACUAAUCUUAUAUUCUUAAGAUUAUUGUGUGCUGAUCUGUCUAUGUUAAAUAGGUCAUAAAUGAGAAAAUAAUGGAAGCACUUACUUAUCUUUCUUGUACACUGUACUUAUCUUAUAGCGUGCUAGAGGUGCAGAUACCUUCCUAGUUAUAUUUAAAUACCUAGGUGUACAACAGAAUAAUUCAGCAAACCGUCGAUGUGUUAGCAGUAGCUUAUUUUAUAAUACAGAUAAUUUAUAUUAAUAAAGCAUGAAGGUUGAAGCUGGAACAAUACCGUAUAUUUACAGAAACCCUAUUUUAAUACAUGGUUGUAUGUUUUUCCACACAUUUAUUUUAUUUUUAUUUUUUUGCGGGUUGUAAAUGCUUCUGUUUUAAAUUAUUUUAUCUCAAGAUAUAUAUGUUUAAGGAUUGUACAUUAAAAUGAGAAACGUGUAUUAAUGCAUUAAUAUUUUUUAGAAGUAGAAAAAAUGUAGUUUUUUUGGCGUAGAGAAAUACAUACCUUAGACAAAUAUAUAGGUAGCACAUAUUUAAAUAUAUUAACCACUAGACAUAUUUUGAAACUACAUAUUAGGAAUUCCCCUAGUGCUGUAUUUGUUUUUUGAAAAUUUCAUAAAUUUUAAAAAUGAUAUAAAACAUUAUUUAUAAAUAACCCGAAGGAAAUAACUCACAAAUAAAUAUUUGUAGAUUAAGGUUUCGUCUAGUAGGUAUUAAGGAUGAAAAUGAAAUGCUGUGUAGAUAAUAGUAGAGUAGAAUUAAAAUCGGUGUGAUAAUUGAUAAAAGAGUUCAUAUACCCACGUAUAGCCAGAUAUUACUAGUUACAUCGUAGGAAAUUAGAUUUUAACUCUUUAUUAUGGUUGUAAUCGUACUAUGUAACUAUACAUUUUCAAAAUCUAGAUGUUGUGAUGAGUUUCAAUGUUAUUGUAACGGUGCUCCAUUUUUUCAAUGUUUAUUUCACUUUUUUUCUACUAUUCGUCACUCCGUCCUGGGCAAUGCGGACUGAUGAAUAGUAAAAAUAAUAUUUUUUACCUUCAUUUAUGGAUGGGAAAACAAUGAUAACACGCACUCCAUAUAGGCUCUUUAUUUUACGAACACCACGUGGACAACUUACAAAAAAGUAGCAAAUUUUGCUAAGGAUAAAUAGUAUAUUAAUUGUUAUAGUAAUAGAUUUUAACUCCCCAGCUACAAGGGUUUCAUCUUUAAAACAACUCAAUAAAAUAAAUUCUUGGUAGUUAUAUGUGUAGGUAGGUAAGCCGCCUGUGUUUUUUUCUGAUUCUAUUGCUAUUACUUGAUACGUAGGUAAUAUAUUAAUAUAAAGUAAUAUUAAACAUAUACGUAUAAUAUAAUCUACUCGUUUCAAAGUAGCCGUUGGUUGAUGUUUUUCAAUAUACGUAUAUAAUAAUGUUUCAACAUAUAAGUAGUCAAUAUUCAAGAUGUUUGAUGUUAGAAUAUUUGAUGUAAGCAACGUGCAGAAUAUUAUAUUAUGUUAUUCGUAUAGCAGUUGAUAUUAUCUUGCAGGCGAUCAGUAGUCAUACCAGCCAUUAUGACUAUUGAUUAAUUUAUAGAAUAAAUUUGUUUAUACUUACUGUAA